UUUUCUCUUUCCUUUUCUGCUUUCUUUAAAUUAAAUCAUUCUUUUGUAAAAUAAUUCAUCUAUUUUUUUCUUAUAUUCUUAUUAUUGCGAUGUCGCGUGAAAACAGUCUCGUUCGUUCCCCUUUUUUUCCCCACCAUCUUUACGUAUAGUAUUGUAGAUUAUACCUAUACGACAAGUAAAAUAUGUAAUUUGUUUCGACGCGAUGCAAAUGGAUAUCUUGACAGAGGUGAAGUGUCAUCUCAAAAGAGUGAUAUAAUGAAAUUCAUACGUUAGGGUGAAUCACACGAGGUACAGAUACAAAUGUUUUCUUUUCAAGUUCAAAAGCAUUGUACACGUUUGUUGAGAAAAAUGACAUUGGUAAGUUCGAACAAUGAAUCAAAGAAUGGGAAAGAUCCUCCUCAGCAAAAUCAUGAAGAAACAAUGCAGACAUCUACACCGUCCGGAUUAUCAGAAUUGCAAAUGCAAAGUACAGAAGUUGGUGAAAUCACUGAAAUGCCAGAUUUUGAGAUGUUAAGUACGUCUGCGGUACUUCACUAUUGUAAGCAUAAAAUAUUAAGGCCGUACUUGAGAUUGUUGGGAGUAAUGGGUUUAAAACCAAUGAGCAGCGAUGAUUCCGAACGAUGCUCUUGUUAUUGUAUUCUUACAAAUCUUCAUACUUUACAAGUGAUAAUAUUUAUGUGCAUUGGAUAUAUUUUACAAUAUAUGGCAUGUUUUAGAAGAGACAGAGGAUUUUGUUACAAAACACUACCUUUAGAAGUUGAAAUUGUAACAAAUAUCAGCAAGGAACAUACACAGGAAAUUAUUUGCUUUGGAAAUAUUAUAUUUAGUUAUCUAGUUCCUAGUGUUUUACAUUUAGUAGCAUUUUAUACGGUAUAUCUAUUCCGGAUCAAAGAAAACGAACAGCUACAAAAUUUAAUGGAGAGAGCAUUCCUUCUCUCAUCUAAUCCUGUAAAUCGUGGAAAUCAAAGAAAACUUGUACGAAUACUAUGGCUGUUCAUAGCGUUGAGCGUGGUAUGGAUAAUGAUGGCAUUAAUCACAGUAAAUAUUCUAAUGGCCCAAGGAAGUAUUAUAUUUCAAUGGUUAGAACACAGUCCGUAUCAAGUAAAAAUAACAUUGAAGGUUUUAAUUGUAUGCACAUUAUGGCACGAUAUGGUUCAAGGAACCAUUAUCACCAGUUACUGUUUACAAGGGCAACUUUUAUUGGCACACUUGUACUUUCUUCGUGGCAAGUUGCUUCACCACACUUUAUCUCCUAUCGAUUGGAUGAAGGAAAUUGCGAUUUAAAAACUAUUGAAAUAUUUCAAUGACGAACUAGGACCAGCUGUAUGUAUCUAUACAGUUGUGAAUUUAUCAUGGGCUGCCGCGGGUACAAUUUGGUUGCUUCGAUAUGAUAAUGAUAAUGGUGAUGCAGAAAAUAGUCCUGUUACAUGGAUCGGAAUAGCGAAUGUCGUAUUAUGGAUUUUAAUAUCGAUAGUUCCUUUUAUUCAGGCAGCUCGUUUAAGUACAGCUUGUUCUAUGAUUCAAAGUAUUGGACAUGAAGUACGCAUCCGACCAUUUGUUUAUCAAAGCACUCCAGGAGAUCUUGACACUAUACUUUUGUAUACGUCGUCGCAAAUGUGUGCUAGACUGUUUAGGGUACCAGUCACAGGUAGAUAUCUUUGCCUUUUACUGACGGUAGGUAGCAUCUUAAUCCUCACUCUUGGACAAUGUCAAUUUUUCUGAUUAUUCGACCGUCUUAAUCAUAUUUAAUUAUACAAAAUAUAAUUCUUUUGUAUAUCUCCCAUUUUACAAGUGUAAGAUGUGCGCUCUUUAAAAUUGUAAUAUAGAUAAUCCUCGUUUUUUCCUCAUUUUCAACAUUUUCUGUUCAUUUCAAAAUUCACUUAAAUCAAGUAUCGUAAAAUAAAUAAAUAAAUUAUAAAACUA